AUGGGCAGCAUACCGCGGGACGAAUAUGUCGGCAGCAUCGACCAGGGCACUACGUCGACGCGGUUCCUCAUCUUUAACACGGCUGGGGAGCCCGUCGCCAGCCACCAGAUGGGAUUCAAGAACAUACAUCCCAACUCAGGAUGGCACGAACACGACCCGUAUGAGCUGCUGCAGAGCGUCGAGACGUGCAUAGAAAAGGCGACGGAGCAGUUCCGCUCAAAAGGCUUCGACCCAAGCGCCGUCCGCGCCGUCGGCCUCACCAACCAGCGCGAGACGCUCGUGCUCUGGGACAGGACGACCGGCGAGCCCCUCUACAACGCCGUCGUCUGGCCCGACACGCGGACGGCGCACCUCGUGCGCGAGCUCAAGGCGCGAGAGGGCGCCGACCGCCUCCAGGACCUCUGCGGCCUGCCCCUCUCCACGUACCCCUCGAGCGUCAAGCUGCUGUGGCUGCUGCGCAACGUCGACGCCGUCAAGGAGGCCUACGACGACGGCCGCCUCGCCUUUGGCACCAUCGACACCUGGCUCAUCUAUAAGCUCAACAAGAGGCACGUCUACGUGACCGACGCCACCAACGCGAGCCGCACCAUGUUCAUGAACCUGCGCACCCGCGAGUACGACGACGAGCUCCUCUCCUUCUUCGGCAUUGACCGCUCCAACAUGUCCCUCCCCGAGAUCGUGCCCUCGUCGCACCCGACCGCCUUUGGCGCCCUCGCGCGGGGACCCCUCGCCGGCGUGCCCAUCACCGGCUGCCUCGGCGAUCAGUCGGCCGCCCUCGUCGGCCAGCGCGGCUUCAGUCCCGGCCAGGCCAAGAACACGUACGGCACCGGUUGCUUCCUCCUGUACAACGUCGGCCCGGAGCCCGUCAUCUCCAAGAGCGGCCUGCUCGCCACCGUCGCUUACGACUUCGGCACGCCCGUCUACGCCCUCGAGGGCAGCAUAGCUGUCGCCGGCUCGGGCGUCACCUUUCUGCUCAACAACCUCGGCCUCAUCGAGAGCUCCAAGGAGAUUGACGAGGUCGCCCUCUCCGUCCCGGACAACGGCGGUGUCUACUUUGUCACGGCCUUUUCCGGCCUCUUUGCGCCGUACUGGAUUGACGACGCCAAGGGGACCGUCUUCGGCAUCACGGCGCACACGCAAAAAGGGCACAUUGCCCGCGCGACGCUCGAGGCGACGUGCCAUCAGACGGCCGCCAUCCUCGACGCCAUGGCGACCGACUCGGGCCACGCCCUCGAACUGCUGGCGGUCGACGGCGGCCUCUCCAACUCGGACCUCUGCAUGCAGACGCAGGCCGACCUGUGUGGCAUCCCCGUCGACCGCCCGGCCAUGCGCGAGACGACGGCGCUGGGCGCCGCCUACGCCGCGGGGCGCGCCGUCGGGGUCGAGGUCCUGGGCGACAGCGGCAUGACGCGCUUCGAGCCCAAGAUGGACGCGGUCAAGCGGGAGCGCAUGCGCGGCGACUGGGCGCGCGCCGUCGACAUGAGCCGGGGGUGGGUGCGCGAGUAG